AUCAGGAAUAAGGAACGGCGGGAUACUGCCCAUUACAACCGGCAGGACAUCCGCGAGCAGUAUUGCAUCACGGAGAGAGGAUUGGGGGCGCUGGAAAACAAGCAGAGCCUCUUCGGAUGUCUGUCGACCCACCACGGAUCGCCCUGUUCGAAUCGCACGUCGUUAUUCACGGCCUGCGUGCGACAGAAAGCUCCGUCAGACGAAAACUUGUACGACCUACAGAGGCGGCAUCCCUCGGAAUAUGCUCCGUAUCCACGGAGAAGCAGAUAUCCGUGGGGGCCCAUCAUGUCAGACAUUUAUCAUUACGACGAAGAUUUGAAAUCAUCCUAUUUCCGAAGAAAAGUUGUAGUUGAUCCCAGCCGUUACACCUGGAUGCCCUCCGAUGAUGAAUCUGUCAGAAUGGAAAAGCCUAGGUCUAUAAUGGAAAACGACUGCCACGAACAUACGAUCAAUAGGUUACCCUCAACUUUACCAGGUAAAAAGCAUGUCAGUUUCGCAAGAUCCCAUACCAUGGCGUCUUUUGAUGAUGCCAUUUCCUCGUUGAGCUCAUCUACAAGUCAACUGAGUAGGAUAACGAAAAGUCAAGAAAGACUGUUGGAUGUGAGAAAAACUGAAAUACAACCUAUUACAAAACAACCGGAACAUGAAAUCUUGUCAGAUAAAAUAAAACGAGCAUCGAUGAAAACGCAAGCAACUCAAACAGAAAUUGGUUUAGCCCGAAAACCACUACCUCUAACCCACAUUAACUUAAGUCCAAGGUCAUUACAGAAGGUGCGAGUGGUUUCUCAGGGCGCCCAGACCAACGGCUUAGUCCUGAACGGUAGGAAGCUAACAAAAUCUUACUCGGAGGCCGGCAACAAGUUCGGAAUCUCGCCCAACAACGUGGAGUACCACCAUUUCGAGCCCAUCUUAGACCAUGAACCGUUACAACGAACCCAGUCCGACGAACCUCCAAGGUCUCCCUUCAUCCUCAACCCCACGCCACCCUUAAUGUUCCAGGAAGAAGCCCCGCGACCUGUGGAGAGCGAAACCUCUUCCCUGUCGAACCAGGAAUCCGAAGGCUCCGCAGGCUCGAAGAAGGAGAUCUUCAUCGACUUCAAGCCUCAGUUGCCUCUCCCUUUGGAAAAAGUUACGAAGAGGGCGCUGAUUAAAGCUCUGUCGGACGGGGAGAUUCUCUUGGACCAACGCAAACACAAGAAACCUGAUGACUGUGUCGUUCCAGAGAAGCCUCUCCACUCUGUGAGCCACGACAACAUCAACACUGAAGAAGAGCACAAGCCGUUCACUCCCUAUUUUCAGAAUUCUCCGAUCCAAAACGAAGGGAUUUGCAAACCGCUAGAGGAGAACGUCUACUCUUCUCUGGACACAGGAAUGUACGGGCAGGACUCGAUCGACGAGGACUUCCACGAGCACUUGAUUUACAACAAAAUGCUGCUGGAUAAUCAGAAUUCCAAAGAGGAGGGAAGGAUUGAUAUGGAGAGAUGGCUGCGGGAUGAAUGUAUUGUUCCUUCCAUUAGUUUUUUGCCGGAAAAGAAAUCUUCGCCGUUUACUUCUAAUGAUUCUCUAGCAAAUGACGCCAGAGAUCAAUCGGAUGGCAUUUGGAACGAAUCCCAAGUGACGGUGCUCCAAGUCGAUUCCGGCACAGACAACGGAACAGCUCUAAGCAGCUCCGAGAUGACCUCUGCGACUUCUCCCGGUUCAGCAACGUUGGCUUUAACUCCGUCUUCGAGAAGGAAACACUUACUCAUGCUCCAACACCAGCAGCGAUCCUCCAUCGACACGGAGAACCUCGACGAAGAAAUCGCGGACCAAAGCGCCACCUAUCCCAGAAUAGUUUUGGACGUACCGACGGCCAAGCAAUCGGAUACGCCUACCGUUCACUUUUCCAGACAAUAUCUUUCCGUGCAGAAUUCGAUCCCUAUGUGGAAAAAGGUUCCGGAGUCACCGGCUGAAUCUCCUCUACCGGCAGUAGUGCCGGACCUUCUUCUGGCAAGAACGGACUCCUGUAAAACCAAUACCGACGUUUCUGAGAGCACGACCACUGACGAUUACAUCACUGCCAAUUCAGGAACUGACAGUUCCCGAAAAAGUGGGUCAUUGCAAGGAAUGGAAAUGUUCAACAAUCUCCAAGCCCAACUGAACGAGGGUUCUAGCUUCGAAAGCACCAGAGGCAUAGACCUGCUCGGUGAUGACAUGGUCGUGCCGUCCUUCUCGCCCUCCGCAUCCAUAACCGAUUCCCGUAGCCUUUGCAAUACCCCAGUGCCUCAAAUUCGCACCGGCCGUUCCACUCCGUCCGAAGACAGCAGCUCUUCUUGCGGCAGUUACAGCGUGGGAGGAUCCACCCCGGACAUCUUGGAUAGAUCCACAGUGCCUUCGAGAACCUCCAGAAAGGGAUGCGUCCUCUCCGACGACGAGAGGAGCGUCCGGUAUUCCUCGUCCGGUUACUACGAGUCUCCCAUGGAGGAUGAUUCAACAUGGACAUCAUCAAGACGUGAAACCCUGAAAAAGUCCAAAGAAUUCACAUUGGAUUUGACGAACAACUCAAAAUCGUAUUUGGAAAUCAACUCCAACUCGAUUUACAAACCAAAUAAGAGGAACAUCAAAAUCUCGCCGUCUGUGGACAAGCCAAAACGGUCUAAAUCAAGAAUGCGCAGUCCUAUGCAGAGCAAGAAAAAUUUCCACCCGAAAAAAUCCCCACACGGAUCGCCAUACUUUGAAGAGAACGAAAAUAAAGCUACCUCCGAUGAAUCCAGCUGCGAUAUUGGAGGGAACAUUAACACUCAGAAUUCACCGAGGAAAGGAAAGAAAAAUAAGGAAAACAACAAAAGGAAGUCUUUGCCGAGAUCGCCGGUGAAUCAGAAGCCUGUCAAGAAUAAUUCGGAUAAAAAACAACUUAUGAGUUUACCCGGAAGUUUGUCCAGGAGAAAAUCGUCUAAAUCACAGCAUAAUAAUUGCUUGUCCUCGGAUAACAAUCAAAAUGCUGUGAUCAGUCCGGUGGAAUCCCAGCCAGACAGCGGCAACCACAGUUCAAAGAAAACAGAAGACGUCGCCAAACUGAAGGCGCUGAGUGCAGAAUCCUUGAGGUCAGUGAGCCCUGGUAGCGACAGUGUUUUCUACAGCGACCCCAGCAGCCACAUCGCUGCCGAUCACCAGGUCCACUGUCUCCAUUGCGGCAAAGAAGUGGAUAUCGUGACGACGGAUGAUCCAGAGAAAAGCGCCAGCAGCAACGAAAACCAUCGAGAGGAGAUUGUGCAACCUCCCGCGGGUUUCGAGGACUCUCCUAGGAUAAAGUCUUCUGGAAGGUUGUUCAAGAAGUUCGACAGAAGGAUCAGAUCAGAAGACAGAAACUUGGUAGAGAGUAAAAAAACUCGCUACAAAGCUGAAGUUAGGGCAAAGUCCGAAGAACGUGGGGCAAGAACAUACCGAAACAAACUGAGGCCAAUGGCGAAGUCGACCACUAACAGUCAAGAAGAAUUGAAAUCGACCGAUUCUAGCCCAAGCGUUCUUCCUGGUGACCCUGAAAACGAAGACGACACUGGGGUCUACGAUGUGCCUUAUAUUGAUGGUUACUGGAUACAUAUUGAUGAGCGGGACGAAGUCAACUCUUGCAGAAACUCUUGUUCGAGCCCUAACGAGAUUCCACCUUCCCGUGACGAUUCUAUUUCGAGUACCGAGUCGGAGAAGGACUUUCGCAAAAAAUACCAGGCUGUAACUCAUCGAAUGGUUCACCGAAAAUCCUGCUUGGAAAUGUACAGACGGCAAAAUAAUAAAUCUUUCGAUUGUGACAAAACAGUGGUAGUGCAUCGAGAAUCGGGGGAAUUCGGUUUCCGAAUCCACGGUUCGAAACCAGUCGUCGUGUCCGCCAUAGAACCGGGGACUCCCGCUGAAUCAUCAGGACUCGAGGUCGGUGACAUCGUUCUAUCAGUGAACGGGGUCAGUGUUCUCGACAAAAGUCACUCCGAAAUUGUGAAAAUUGCCCACGCUGGAAGCGACACUUUGAAGAUGGAGGUUGCACGAACUUGCUAUGCAUUGAACCCGCCAAAUGACGAAGAAUCCUUGAAAAUAUUGUACAGUGGAUACCUGUGGAAGUUGAAUGGAUACGCCAGCGGAGUCAGCAGCAACAGAUGGACCAGAAGAUGGUUUUGCCUGAAACAAAAUAACUGUCUCUACUGUUACAAAACUGAAGUAGACAAACAUCCCGUGGACGUUGUGAUGCUCCACGACCAGGAGAUCCACAAAAUUCACGACGAACAAGAAAAAAUAUCGAAACCAAAUAGCUUCCUGAUACAGCGAUCAGAAGGUGUGCCUCUGUACGUAGCAGCGGAUAACAUCGAAUCACAGGAGGCUUGGAUAGAAGCAUUAAAUAAAGCCGUAACCGACAGCAAAGUCGCAGAUGAAUUCUUGGUGAAGUCCAGGAGAAAUCUAUCGUUACCACCCUGUUCGGUUCCAGAACCGGACUGUUUUGGUUAUUUGGUGAAACUGGGGACGCAGUGGAAAUCUUGGAGUAAGAGGUACUGCGUCCUAAAAGACGCCUGUCUUUACUUCUACCAGGACGCAAAUUCCAAAAGCGCUUUCGGUGCUGCUUAUUUACAUGGAUAUAGAGUACAACAAUAUUUAUCAGGGACUAAGAAACAUGCCUUCGAAAUCAUACCGCCAGACCCCAGCAAAAAGCAUUAUUAUUUCCAUACUGAUUCAGAUGCAGAUAGAAAGAGGUGGAUAGCAGCCAUGGAAUAUUCAAUAGAUAAAUGGCUCAAAAUAUAAAAGUAGUUUGUUUAUCACAUCAACUUUUGAUUUAUUUUAAAAAUUGAAAUCGGGACGUACUGUAGGCCAAAUAUAGGUGAAAAUCAUGAAUUCCGAACAAAGAUAUUUUCUAUUUUGUAAAAGUGUCAGGUACCUAUUUGUUGUACGAAGUAAUAUUAAUAUUAAGUUCAAUUACAUUUAUUAGUUCUUUUUCAAAUAUUCACUUGCUCUAACUAAAAUAUAAUUAACUCAAAAUUAAUGAUAGAUGGGCAUAAUUCUGUUCCGGUUUCAUUUCCUGUAUUACUCUUUAUAUUUUUGAAUAUUUAUAUAAUUUAUAGCCAUUAUAUUCAAAAGAAUGAUAGGAGCCUAUUUCAUUUAACAAUUGUUUAGCUUUAUUUAUCAAAGUGACAUAUUCUGGAAAUAUAUUGAUUUUUUAAU